AUGGAAUAUUCUACUCCUUUACAAAAAUUAGCUAAGUACCAAUUGACUUGGAGAGAUUUGCCAGAGAUCCUGAUGUCUUUUUCUGAAGAAGAGAAAUACCAGCUACGAAAAUUUGUCAAUAAAUCUUACCUACUGGACAAGAGAGCUCAUCGCCAAGUGUACUACAGUUUGAUUGAUAUCCUUCUGGCGUAUUGCUAUGAAACUCGUGUCACUGAAGGAGAGAAGAAUGUCGAAUCUGCAUGGAAUAUUAGAAAACUGAGUCCCACACUGUGCUGGUUUGAGACUUGGACUAAUGUUCAUGAAAUCCUGGUGUCUUUUGGAAGACGAGUUUUGUGCUACCCACUUUAUCGCCACUUCAAGUUGGUGAUGAAAGCCUACAGAGACACUAUAAAGAUAUUGCAACUAGGUCCAAAAAGUUGGCAGCUCUUGCAGAAGCCUUAAAGGAAGUGUCGCUGACAAAGGCCCAGCUGGGACUAGACCUGGAAGCGCUGGAAGCCGCAGCUCUUCUUGUGCAGGAGGAGGAAACGGCAGUAGAAGCAGCCCGUUCCGUUUCCAGGCGGCAGACCCCUUCCUCCAGUUCCGAGGCAAGUGAUUCCGAGGAAGCAGACAGCACCACGUCCUCUGAGACUGAGGGCUCAGACUCAGAACAAGGGGAGCUCACAGGGAGUGAAUCUGAGACAGCAGAUCCCUUGCGAGGCCCCUCCCUGGAGGGAGGCAGCGCCCUGCUUAUUGUCGACGGUGGGGUGUGCAGAAACUCAGCCACCGAGACCUCAGAUGGCAGUCCUGGAAAGCCGCCUGCCUCCUCCCCGGCUCUUGGAGGGUCCCGGCCGCUGAUAGAGGAGCUUGGAGAGCACCUGAACUCGACCGUUCAAGUUUCUGAACUCAAGGACUCGGCUGCUGGAAGGUGACUGGCAAACACCAAGUGAUUGACUCCAAGUGGUUUUCCCCACCAUUGAGAUAUUAUAUAAUGUCAGAUUUGGUUUCCUUUACUGAAUGGUAAUUCUUCAUUUUCACUUUGUCCUUUUUCUUAGUGUAUACAACACUGUUUUUCAGCGAGCUGAUAUUGAUACCUGUUGGUUUCCUUGGUACAACUUUAAAGUUUUAAAGUAUUUUUGCCAAAGUAUAAUUAAUAUUGAAGAUGAACUAACAGUUCGGCCAGAAUCUCUAGAAUGUAGAGCCCAUUCAUAUGGUUUUCUUCAAGAUUUUAUUUUUAAGUAACCUCUACAACCCAAUAUGGGGCUCGAACUCACAACGCUGAGAUCAAAAGUCACAAGCUCUAUCAGCCAGCCAGGCGCCCCCAUUAAUAUUUUUAGUAGCCUCACCAAGGGAUACUUGACAUACAAUAAACUGCACGUAUUUAAAAUGUACACUGUGGUUAGUGUUGACAUAUAUAUGCACGAAAUGAAAUCAUCACUGCAGCCAAGAUUCUCUUCUUACCCAUCAUUCCCAAGUGUCCUCGUCCCCCUUUGUUACCCCUCUCCCUUACCCCCUCGUACCACCCACCCCUCCAUUCCCCAGCAAGCACUGAUUUGCUCUGACACUGAACAUUAGUUUGCAUCUCUUAGGAUUUAAUGUAAAUUGAAUUAUAGUAAUAUGUACUCUUUGUAAAAAUUAGGCUUAUUUCACUCACUAUAAUUAUUUUUAGAUUUGUCGACGUAGCAUGUAUUCAAGAGGCAUUUUUUAAAAACGUUUUUGUUUUUUCCUGUAUCUGAGUAGUAUUUCAUUGGAUAGAUUUUUCCAUUCACCUACUGAUGGACAUUUGGGUUGUUUCCAGCUUUUGGCUGUUACAAAUAAAG